GACGGUAGGUGAGGCAAUAUGGUAGCUUUUUCAGCGUAUCGGGAUGGCAUCUGCUCAGAUAUGCCCCCUUCGUUCCCCCAAUUGACGUUUCUUCUCUUUCCCCCUUUAGAAUCACAUGACACAUACAUUUAGACAUACCACACGUGUCACAUAGCAUACUGUAGCGGCUACAACGCCACUGUUCAUAUUUGCAAUCUGCAUCCUCUAUAUUUCUACUUCAUACCCAGUUCGAUAGAAUAAUUCGAUUCAUACCACACCCGCCAACAUGUCCUACAAACCCGCCAUCUCCACCAUGUCCCUCGGGCGCUGCUGGGCCGGCCACGACUUCACCCACAAGCUCGACAUGGCCGCCAAGCACAACCUGACCGGCAUCGAGAUCUUCUUCGAAGACCUCGAAGACGUCGCCGCCCAGCUCCCCGGUGGCGCGACCCCCGCCAACCAAAUCCAGGCCUCCAAGAACAUCGCGAAGCUCUGCGCAGACCGUGGCCUCACCAUCAUCGGCCUACAACCCUUCCUCCACUACGAGGGCCUCUACGACCGUGCCGAGCACGCCAAACGCAUCGAGAAGCUGAAGCUCUGGCUACAGCUUGCGAAAGCCCUAGGCACCGACAUCAUCCAGAUCCCAACCAACUUCCUCCCAGCAUCCGAAUGCAGUUCCGACAUCGACCUCAUCGUGGCCGACAUGGUCGAAGUGGCCGACAUGGGAGCGGCGCAGGACCCGCCCAUCAAGUUCGCGUACGAGAGCCUCGCGUGGGCGACGCACAUCGACACGUGGGAGCGCUGCUGCGAGAUCGUUGCGAAAGUAGACCGGCCGAAUUUCGGGCUGUGCCUGGACACGUUCAACAUCGCGGGCCGCGUGUACGCGGACCCGGCUGCUGUGAGCGGGAAGACGGUGAACGCGGAGGCGGAUAUGGCGGCGUCGAUUGCGCGGCUGUUGAAGACGGUGGACGUGAAGAAGGUGUUUUAUAUCCAGGUGGUGGAUGCGGAACGGCUGGCUGCGCCGCUGAUUGAGGGGCAUGAGUUCUGGGCGCAGGAUCAGGUGGCGCGGAUGAGUUGGUCACGGAAUUGUAGGUUGUUUUACGGGGAGCAGGAGUUGGGAGGGUAUUUGCCCGUGCUGGAGAUUACGAGGGCGUUUAUUGAGGGGCUGGGGUAUGAGGGGUGGGUGAGUAUGGAGCUGUUUAGUCGCGUCAUGACGUAUAAGGAGAAGGAGAUUCCGGAGCAGUUGGCGAGUAGGGCUGCGACGGCGUGGUCGAAACUGGAAAGAGAUUUGGGGCUGAAUGCUGUUAAGGGGGCGGUGAAUGGGGGUGCACAUUUGGAAGAGGCGCGGCUAUAGGGAUCAGAGAGGUUCGUAGAUGAUUGAUGAAUGCAGAAAGCAGCCCUUCGGUAACGCUACAUGGAUAUCAAUAUGAAUGGGGUGAGACUUCCAUUGCAGACAUAGACAAAAUUUGGCAAGGCCCUUCAAUGCUUGAAAGUUGUAUAGCUAGGCCAA